UCGAAGCUUCCCGCACGGGGCAGGGGUUCGAGAAGGAAGCGCGCUAGGGAGUCCGCAACUUUCCAUGUCGACCUGCUCCACUUACCUCGACAGCCACAACACGCGCGCAACACUCGCCCACUUCACGACCCGCAACCAACACUCGUAUACUCCGCGAACCCUCGUCGGGAAGUCUGGAAGCGCUACUGAGAACACCCAGCCACCAUGUCCCGCCACCAUCCCGACCUCGUAAUGUGCCGCAAACAAUCCGGCAUCUCCAUCGGCCGACUCUGCGACAAAUGCGACGGCAAAUGUCCCGUCUGCGACUCGUACGUGCGCCCGACCACGCUGGCGCGCAUCUGCGACGAGUGCUCGUUCGGCAACUACCAGAACAAGUGCGUUGUGUGCGGCGGCGAGGGCAUCAGCGACGCCUUCUACUGCUUUGAGUGCACGCGGCUCGAGAAGGAUAGGGACGGGUGUCCGAAGAUUAUCAAUCUGGGGAGUAGCAGGACGGAUUUGUUUUACCAGAAGAAGAAUUUUAGGAAUCAUUAGCACGGCUAGUGAGGGCAGCGUGGUGUGACGAGGAUUGGACAUGUGGUAGAAGGGGUGCAAAGGGCAUGCGCAGUCUGGGACGGACCGCUGGGUGGAUAGACGAGAGGAUACGGGAGGGAUGGGCACAGACGGGCGAUUGCACGUCGAACCGCACAGGAUACCACGAGCAGUUAGGGAGGAAGAACCAAGGGAGAAGUGGGCUCAGAGCCCUCAGCAUGGUGUUCAGGCGUUUCAGGAACGGGAAGAUGGAUUUUGGCCAAGCUUGAGAGUAGGUGCUUCAGAUGUGAUUUCAGGCAAGAACGAACACAACGUUUCCACAACCCU